AAUUGUUUAAUGAUCUAUGAAGCCAUAGAAAAAUAAUACUAAAUCCUGAUGUAGUUUAAUAGCAUGAAGUUUAGUAUGUAAAAUAUGUCAGUUAUAUUUACAUUUUUAAAACCCUUGGUAUACUGAUAUCUCUAGUAUUGUAUACAAAACAGAUCACACAUUUAAUCAUCAAACAAUGUCUGAAACUUGCCUAUCAGUCUUUUUGGAGAGACUGUAAGAAUUCUAAUAUAGUUAAGCAGCAUUCUUUGGUAUCUUAUUUUCCUCAGGUGCCCUCAUUGGUCUUUGGAGCUGUCUUUUGCAACUAAAAAUGCAUAAACAAAGUGUUACUUUACACUAUCUGGUCUAUUUUGACCAUGAUUCAUUCUCCCUCCUAAAGGAGGGCUGGAAAUUUACUGACAUUUACAAGGCAGUGCACUGUCUACCGCAGUUGACACUUCAGACACAUUUAUCCUUUCUAAAAAUUCUGGUAUACCAAGGGUUUUAUCUCUGUUAGCCAGAAAAUAUUUCCAAAGGUGCUUAUAUGGGCACUGGGUGUUAGAUCUUAUUCCUCAUUUUCUUGUUCAACCUUGCUAUAUUUUCUAGAAUUUCACUAAAUAAUAAACUCUUCUCUCUGUUAUUUGUGUGUGUGAUUUUAUAGUGGAGAAGGCAAAUGCAAAGGCCCUUCCAGAUGACUGAAACAGUGGGGUCCUCUGCAGCUACAGGGGAUUCUAGACAUUAACUAAAGGCCAGCAAGCACUCAAGUCCCCCAAGUGUUUUCCUGGUGUAAUCACUUGUUAACAACAUUUUUUUCUCUUCUUUUUCUUACAUUUUUAGGCUGUUACAGUAAUUUGAAAAACAAUGAGCAGGGUUGGGAACAUAACUAUAAUUCUGUACCAAGAAGACUACUCUUCUAACAAGUUCUGUUGAACUUCUGUAGAUUCCAUCACUACUGUUUCAAGGGCACCACUUACUGAUCAAGUAGUAAUCUUCUUAAAUCACUCAAAUACAGUAAAAUGUUUGCAGUGUUACGCUGCAUUCCUACACAUAAAUUGCUAAAUCUCAUUGGAGUUAACGGGAUUUAAGCAGCAUGGCUUUGUAUCAGAUUGCAGUGUCUUAUAUACAGUGCCUUCUUUGGAACAAGUCUGUUUACACAUUAACAAGGCAGAGAAAUGCAGUGUGCGGACAAACCUGGUAGAAUUUAAUUGUUAGUAUUAAGAUAUUUCUAACUGAAACUGUAAAUAGUGUAAGCAUCUUCUAAUCCUUGUCCAUUUGAAAAUGCCCCCAAUCCCCUAUUUUUAAGGAUUUAAAUCUUUCCAUGUUGUUUUGGGUGAAAUUUUGAGAUGACUUGCAUUUAAGGACAAAUAGAUGUGACAGUGGUAGUAUGUUUAAACAUGGGUUUACCCCAAUUUCAUAGAAGGCAAUGUGAAAAUCCAUCUUUAACUGUAAAAUUGGUGCAUGGGUGAAGACUGCAGAAUCCUACCUGUACCUGCAGCUUAAUUUCCUUAUUGUGUGUUUUUUCUUCAUCUGAGUGCCACUGUGGAAAUGUGCUCUCUGCUUACAGAAAGGGGAUUGAGAAAGAUAAGCAGCAGGUUGGGGUAGGCUUCAGAGCCUUUCACUGUUGUGUUACUCCUGCUGUUUUGUUGAUGUAGAUCCUUUUUAUGUUAUUGGGGCAAGACUGCUACUGUCAUACGUACUUUAACUCUAAUCAGUAGCAACUGAUGUAUCUAUAAGGCAGUGUUUAAAUACUUAAGUCAGAGAUUGAAGUAUGGUUGAUGUAAUAUUUUUCUCUUUAUAAAUUUGAUUUUAUACUUGCACUAGAAUGCUACAUAACUCAUAAAAAAUAUGACAGCCAAAGAGAUAACAUAAGAAUCUACUAAUGGUUGUGAAAGACGCAAUUUUUGUUGGGGAUCUACAUACAUUCGUAGUUUGUGGAGGAUUGCAGUCCUGGACACAGUACUGUGUCAGAAUGAUCUACUCUUUUUAAUGACUUCUUUCUUCUUUUAAUUCUUUAUUUACGGAAGCAGAUAGGCUUCACUCUUCAGUUGUUUGUUUCAAAAUUCUGAUUUCCACCAGCUACUUUAGCAUUAUUCAGUCAGAUAUUUUUAAUUCAUUGGGAUGGCUCAUGGGUUUUCAGGUACAUGCUUAAGUAUUCUGCUGAAUUUAAGUCUACUUUUUAUUAUUCUUGUCAUAUGUUUUGACAUUACCUAGUUCAACGCAUUAAAAUGCUGCAUUGUGUUGAUCAUAGACCUGUAUCAGCAACAUUCCAGUUCUUAGUGUGUAUCUUGUACCAUAUCUUGGUAUUGGUUGUUGCUUUGUGUUCUAGACUUAACACAAAGUUCACGGUAAGACAAAUACUACUGUAAACUUUGCUGUAAAAUUCAAGGAUUUCAAGGAGCUCAAAUAUUAACAAUGGCUUUGGGUGGGGUUGUGUAGGUUCUUUGGUUAAUGUUUGUUUCUUUUGUCUGUUUCUUUUUCUUCAUUUCUACACAUUCAUGCAGUAUGUCAUGGUUCUAACAAAGCAGCAGUAAAAAACUCUUGACGCAUGAAAAUUAACUGGUGAGGGGCCUCAUUGCUUUUUUAAAAAAUUGUAGUUUUAUUUCUGAAUAACUUUUUUCCUAAAAAUGAGAGGAUCAAAUGCAUGACUACUUAAUGGAUGCUGAUCUUCUGUGAGGUGUCUCAAGAUAAGAGGAUGUUUAGUUAAAUGCCAGAAAUGUUAUAGUUGCACUAAAUCUGUGUAAGCAUAAAUAAUAUCCUCUGAGACAUAAUUUUGCAUGCAAAAUUAUCCCAUAAUCUCUAUAGAUGUGUUUAUAUUGAUGCGUUAAUGCCCUGUAUCUAAAUGACCUCCCCUCCCCCCUUUUCCCACCAUAACUUUUGGUAUUGAAAUUAUGACAGCUCAGUGACAGAAGAAAGAUAACAGUGCUGUGUAUUAUACAUUUGUUUAUAUUAUCGGCACUUCUCAGUAUAGGUGGAAGGAACCAUUACCUUUAUUUAACAGUGGUUUUUCUUUUUUGUUGUUGUGUUUUACAGUUCUUUUCCCUGGUUCAGCCUGAACUAUAUACCAGGCCCUGCUGAAAAUACCACCCAACAGUUUUCUUCUGCAGCUUAUCCAGUUUCUCUUAAGUGCCCUGUACAUAUUGUAUGUUUUAUGAUGAGAUGCAGUCUUUUUAAUAUGUAUUGCAGAAACACUACUGGUAUUUGCAAAUAUAUAGUACAGUUAUCUUAUUGAACUCUCAUAUUGGGGGCUUGGGCACAUUAACAGAUUAAUCCAUAUGUAUAGGGCUUUUGCUGUUGGUUAAAAUAACAACGAUCAACAUUACUGUUUGUCUCACGUUGGACCUUUUGUAAGGUUAUUCUCCUUGGAGGAUAGGCUGUAAAACUAGACACUUAGCAACCCACAAGGCUGUAGAUCAAAAGUUUCUUAUGAAAUGACAGUACAUAGCUACAUUCUUGGUACAGUGAGCUUGACACACAUUGGAGCGUGUAUUUUACUGCACAGGUAAGGAAUGUGCCACAUUUUAGGUGCUUACAUAAAUACAUACACAUGAACACACAUGCAGAAUCUAUAAAUGGAGCUCUGUGGAAACCUCCCCAUCCAUGUGACAUGUCAGCAAAAGCCCUACACGUUUCCUUACCCUCUCUUAAGAUUUACAAAAUUGUAUGGUAGGUUUAAAAAAGAAAUCUUAGUGAACUGUACCAUAUUAUUAACCCCUAAAUCAAACUUUUUUUGUCUUGUGUAUCUUGAUUUUUCUGUGUGCUUUAUAGUGAAGCAGCCGACACGAGUCGUUGUUCAUAAUACAGCUUUUGAAAGUUGAGAGCACACCCCUGGAGAACCGACUGUGCUUGCUUACGUUUGGUUCAUGACUUAAAAAUCGAGUACAGGAGUUAUUCCUGAUGAGACUAAGGCUCUGUCACUCCUGGCUCCAGCUAAUGCUGUGGCAGGUCUUCUGCCGGGUGGUGGACUCCUGCCUACCCCCAACCCACUUUCUCAGAUUGGUGCUGUCCCUUUGGCUGCUUUAGGAGCUCCAACGCUUGAUCCAGCUCUGGCCGCUCUUGGUCUUCCUGGAGCAAAUUUAAACUCUCAGUCUCUCGCAGCAGAUCAGCUAUUAAAGCUUAUGAGCACAGUGGAUCCAAAGCUGAACCAUGUAACUGCAGGCCUCGUUUCACCAAGUCUGAAAACAGAUACCUCCAGUAAAGAAAUAGAAGAAGCCAUGAAACGAGUACGAGAAGCACAAUCUUUGAUCUCUGCUGCUAUAGAACCAGAUAAAAAGGAUGAUAAGAGACGGCAUUCAAGAUCCAGAUCACGUUCAAGGAGGAGGAGAACACCAUCAUCUUCUAGACACAGAAGAUCAAGAAGCCGAUCAAGAAGACGAUCUCACUCAAAGUCAAGAAGCAGGAGGCGGUCUAAAAGUCCUCGACGGAGGAGGUCUCAUUCCAGAGAGCGCACUAGAAGGUCUAGGAGCACAUCCAAAUCCAGAGAUAAAAAGAAAGAAGAAAAAGAGAAGAAGCGGUCUAAAACUCCACCAAAGAGUUACAGCACAGCCAGACGAUCCAGAAGCACAAGCAGAGAAAGGCGUCGCAGAAGAAGCAGGAGUGGCUCCAGGUCUCCUAAAAAGCCCAGAUCUCCUAAGAGAAAGAUGUCUAGAUCUCCUUCACCUAAAAGACACAAAAAAGAGAAGAAAAAGGAUAAAGACAAAGAGAGGAGUAGGGACGAACGAGAAAGGUCAACAAGCAAGAAGAAAAAGAGUAAAGACAAAGAGAAGGAUCGGGAGAGAAAGUCAGAGAGUGACAAGGAUGUCAAACAGGUCACAAGAGAUUAUGAUGAAGAAGAACAAGGCUAUGAUAGUGAAAAAGAAAAGAAGGAAGAAAAGGCAGCAGAUGCCACUUCCCCAAAGCUUAAAGAUUCACCUGCUGAAAAAGGGAGUGGUGAUACAAGGGAAUCCAAAGUCAAUGGGGAUGAUCAUCAUGAAGAGGAUAUGGAUAUGAGCGACUAAUUGCCUUUGCAAUGAAAACAGUUGACAACAUGCAUCAGUGUCAUUCCUGUGUGAUUUCUUUAUGCUGUACUUGUUUAACCUUUUAUGCUAGAUGUAUACAACUGUAACUAUAAUUGGUUGUAAAGCUCCUAAUAUUAAAUACUUACAUCAGAAUUUUAGAGAAAGUAAUAUCUGGGUUUCCAUUCUCGGUAUUGGCCAAACUGAAUUGAGUAGCCCAGCAGUUCUUACUCGCUUGGUGCUGCUUUUUCCAUUUUGAGCAAAAAGCUGCAUGCAUCUUUGGCAGGCAUGGACUGUUUGUGUUGUAUGAUCUUUUUAGUAAACCAGCUCACCUACAAUAGUGUUUAUAGAGUUUUAUUCAUUUACGAUAAUAGAGCAAAAUAGGGAAUGCACUGGCUGCAUGUUAACUGUGGCAAGAACAUCCUCAUCUCCUACAACAAGGUGGAUCUACUAAGGGUCUUAAAUGUAGACAAACUAACAUUAGCUUCAUCUGGAGACAAAUGUUCUGAUAGAGAUAGAUAAUCCUUUUGGCCUUGUGGCUGAAUCUUUUCAUUGUGGAUUUGUUUGGCUCUGACAAGGUUGAAAUGCACUAGCCUUUUUUGAUGCCCAAUGUAAGGAAAACUUUUGAGUCUAAAUCUUUCUCAGGUGGUGUGCUUGAUUUUAUUUUUAUUUUUUGGCAACUUGGAUUUCUUGAUGCUUAUGAAAAUCCUCUGUAUUUUGCAAGAUGAGCAAAAGUUAACCUUGUAUCUUUUUGGUAGAAUUUGCAUUUAUUUCAUUUUGUCUGCAAGUAUAAAAACCCUACAAAAAAGGUAGUGCAUUUUAAAAAUUAAACUUCAUGAUGAUUUUAAAACAAGUCUACUUGAUAAUGUAAUUGAUCUCAAGUUGUAUAAACUAAUAAAUUUGUGUUCCAGUCACUGAAGUAGUAACCUUUUGCACACAGUGAUUUUAUGUUAUGCAAAGUAGUUGGGCAACCUGUUCUUUUAGUUCUGAAAGUUUUUGAAGCAUAUACUUUUGUGCAGGUAAAAACAAGAGUAGGCUACAGUCUGUGCCAUGUUGAUGUACAGUUUCUGAAAUUGUUUUACAAGACUUUGAUAAUAAAACCCUUAAAUAUACA